CACUUGUUCAGCGUAAUCGCAUCUCAUGUCUGAACGAAAAAACUUGGAUUUCGACUCUAUCCAUUCUGGAUUGGACUCUACUGUUGGUAGAUUUCGCCUUGCUCCAAAUGGUAUUGGAUGGAAAGGCAGCGACGAGACUACAAAGAUUAUUGCCGCCAACGAGAUUCGAAAAUUCACUUGGCUGCGCGUCGCCCGUGGCCACGAGCUUAGGAUCACUUUGAAAGAUGGAUCCGUUAGCAAGUUUGAUGGCUUCAAGAAGGAGGAAUUAGAGGAGCUUAGCCAUGCAGUUAAAUCCAUGUACAAGCAACAGCUCGAAUCAAAGGAACUCAGUCUCAGAGGUUGGAACUGGGGAAAGACAGAAUUUCAAGGACCUAACUUGAUUUUCAACGUUGGAAACAAGGAAAUGUUUGAGCUGCCUUUAUCGCAAGCUAUUGGUGCCAACAAGCCAGGAAAGAACGAAGUUGCCGUCAACUUUGUCGACCCCGGCCAAAAACCUGCAGACGGCAUUAACCCUAAGUUAACAGACGAGUUGAUGGAUAUCACCUUCUAUAUUCCCGGUACCGUUCCAAAGGAAGAGAAUGUCGAUGGUAAUACCGAUGAGGAUGAUGGCGAAGAAUUAAAUGCUGACGCUGUUUUUUAUGAAAACGUCAAGUCGAAGUUAGAACUUGGCCAGCUUACCAGCGAGAACAUUGUACAAUUUCAAGAAGUCUUGUGUCUUACGCCUCGUGGUCGCUACAACAUUGAUAUGUUCCAAGAUUUCCUUCGUCUUCGUGGAAAAUCAUACGACUACAAGAUCAUGUACAGCAGCAUCAUCAAACUCUUUCUUUUGUUGAAGCCAGAUGAAGUGCAUGUUAUGUUUGUCAUUGGAUUGGAUCCCCCGCUGCGACAGGGUCAGACGAAAUAUCCAUUUUUGGUCUUCCAAUUUGUCCGUGACGAAGAAAUCGACGUUGACUUAAAUCUCGAUGAGGAAACCUUGAAGGAGAAAUAUGACGGAAAACUACAGAAGACAUAUGAUGCUCCUACCUAUGAGAUUGUAAGCACCGUAUUCAGAGCCUUGACUGGCAGAAAGGUGACUGUACCAUCGAAUUUCAGAAGUCAUCACGGAGCACUUGGAAUCAAGUCUUCCAUGAAGGCCAACGAAGGCUACCUGUAUCCCUUGGAAAAGUGCUUCUUGUUCAUACCAAAGCCACCAACAUUUAUCCCUCACUCCGAAAUCGGCGUUGUCACCUUCUCCAGAGUAUCUGCUUCCAGUGGCGGCAGCUCGAGAACUUUCGAUAUGAAGUUUAGCAUGAAGACUGGUCAUGACUAUCAAUUCUCAAGUAUAAACAGAGAGGAGUAUGCCAACCUUGAAGAGUUCAUAAAAUCUAAGAAGAUUAAGAUGAAGAAUGAGCUGAACGAGGAAACCUCUGUCACUUAUGCUGAGCUCGGUGACGAUAGUGAUGAAGAUAUGGAUUCCUCACGAAAGCGACGAAGAAAGGAGGAAGUUCCAUCUUAUCGGGAUGACGAAGAUGGAGAUGAAGAAAGUCCUGAUGAGGACUUCGCUCCUGGAAGUGACAGCGACGUGGCGGAAGAAUUUGACUCCAAUGCUUCUGCAAGUGACGACGACGAUGCUAUGUCUGACGAAGACUAAAGCAUUGAUUUGUAACUUUGGUUGCUACGACAACAAGUUACCACUCUGUCAGCCAAAGUAACCCAACCUUACCUUUUUUUUGAAUGUCGAUCCAAACAGCUUGCUUACGCAACAGAAAAAAGAAAAAAGAAAGAAAAUGAAUCAACCCAAGAGAUGAUUUCACGACUACAGCAGUUCCUUCAAUUGUAUUGUAUAUAAAGAAUAAUGAUUAUCCCCAAAAAAAAGUCGGUUGUGUUAAAGUCUAUGUGGACUAAAUCUGCUAAUAUACUUCGGCUACUAAAGAUGGAGGCGUUGGUCAAUAUGAACUAUGCAUGCACUAGCUAAUAUUUUUUAAUGUCGAUGGCAUUGGAUUUUGCAUGCUCUGGAUCACCUGUCGUUGGUACUUUUAGUUGUG